CCUUGGCGAUAACGCAAGAGAAAGAGCUCAAUAAAGAAGCCGGAAAACCAGAAGAUGAAUUUACAGUCUCCGGCGAUGGAACGUGGAAAAAGCGAGGGUUUUCAUCUUUAUUCGGCGUCUCAACACUCAUUGCUAAAUAUACCGGUAAAGUAGUGGAUGCGUGUGUUCUAAGUAGUUUUUGCCAGGGAUGUUCUUCGUGGAAAAAUAAAAUCAACGAUGAUCCACAAGGAUAUGCAGAAUGGUUCGCUUCCCAUGAAGAAAACUGCACAAUAAAUCAUACUGGAAGUUCUGGAAAAAUGGAGUCGGAUGCCAUCCUCAAAAUGUUUUCACGGUCAAUAGAUAAAUAUAAUGUCAAAUAUUUGACGUAUAUAGGUGAUGGUGACAGUAAGACAUUUAAAAGUAUUUUAAAUGCACAACCAUAUGGAGAUAAUUAUGCAGUACUUAAAAAAGAAUGUGUUGGGCAUGUUGAAAAGAGAAUGGGAACUCGGCUUAGAAAUGCAAAGAAAGCUAACAAGGGUAUAGGCGGAAAAGGCGAGGGAAAACUCACAGAUAAAUUAAUUGGCGAAUUAACAAAAUUUUAUGGAUUGGCUAUUCGAAGACAUCCGAAUUCCAUUAAUGAUAUGAAGAAAGAAAUUUGGGCCACUUUUUAUCACAAGAUUUCCACAGAUGAUACGCCACAGCAUCAGAACUGUCCUGCAGGUGAAAGUAGUUGGUGUAAGUGGCGUAGAGCUGAAUUUCUGGGAGUCAGUGAUCAAUUCGUACAUGAUAAAUAUCCUCUUUCGGAAAAAGUUCAGGAAGUUAUAAAGCCGAUCUAUGAAGAUUUAUCAAGAGACGAUCUAUUGAUCAGGUGCUUGGGAGCGGAGACUCAAAACAAUAAUGAGUCACUUAACUCGCUAAUCUGGACUUUCGCUCCGAAGCACCUUCAUUCUGGAGCAAAAAUCGUUGAAAUUGCCACAUUUAUUGCUGUUAUAAUCUUUAACGAAGGCUUCGAAUCUAUUCUGAAGACGAUGGAAGUCUUGGGACUGAGCAUUGGUCUAAAUGCUCAAGCAUACGUCCAUCAGCGUGACAGUUCCCGCAUCGACCGCUCAGAGAGACGCUUGAGCGAUUUUGCAAAAGAAGCACGCGUUUUAAAGAGAGAACAUAAAACGGCUUUGCAGGACUUUUUUGAAGAAGAAGAAGGUGUACUGUAUGGUCCAGGUAUAGCAGAUUGAUGGUGAGAUCAUUUUUUAUUAUAAAUUAUAUAGCUCAACUUUCUUCUUUUUUUUUAUUUUAUUUAAUUUGAUGGUUUAUAGCUCAACUUUCAAAUGCGUUUUUCUCGAAACACGUUUUUUUCAAUUUGCUGCCAUAAAAUC